AGUUUUACACAUUUCCAAAUUUAUCCCUUUCUCACAUAGUCAUGUCUGGAUAUCCACAACCUCCUCCCGGCUACGGCUACGGCGCACCGUCUCAGCCGUACACGCAAAACCCUUAUGCCCCGCAGCAACACCCACCUUAUGGAGCUCCAACGCCUCCCUACGCCGCUGCGGUUCCUGUAGGCGAAAAGCCCCAUAAGGACAAGCCACAGUCCCACGGAGGAGCGCCACCGUAUUCAUCGGGAGGCGCUCCACCGUAUUCAUCUGGAGGAGCGCCACCGUAUACAUCUGGAGGUGCGCCACCGUAUGCAUCUGGAGGUGCACCACCUUAUUCAUCGGGGGGCGCGCCACCGUAUGCAGCAGGAGGCUAUCCGCCGCCGCCUCAGACGUACGGGAGCCCUUUCGCGACUCUGGUUCCGUCUGCGUUCCCUCCUGGCACGGACCCAACCGUCGUGGCCUGCUUCCAGAUGGCGGAUCAGGACGGAAGCGGGUUGAUCGACGACAAGGAGUUGCAGAGCGCGCUGUCUUCGUACAAUCAGAGCUUCAGCUUGAGGACUGUUCACCUGCUCAUGUAUCUCUUCACCAAUACCAACACUAGGAAGAUCGGACCGAAGGAAUUCUCUCAAUUGUUCUACAGCCUUCAGACCUGGAGGUCCACUUUCGACAGAUUUGACAGGGACAGGAGUGGCAAAAUUGAUGCUAAUGAGCUGAGGGAGGCGCUUUUGAGUAUGGGAUUUGCAGUCUCUCCAGUGGUAUUGGAUUUACUGGUGUCUAAGUUUGAUAAGACUGGAGGGAAGAACAAGGCCAUUGAAUAUGAUAACUUCAUUGAGUGCUGCCUUACAGUCAAGGGACUUACUGAGAAAUUCAAGGAGAAGGACACUUCGUACUCUGGCUCGGCUACUUUUGCUUACGAAGCUUUCAUGCUGACUGUUCUGCCAUUCCUUAUAGCAUAGAGGUGGAAGUUGUAACUGUUUCUUAUAUGCACUUUGCUUUUGAAUCUGUUUUAUGCAAUCUCCUUGUGAAGUUGGUUUUAUGUAAUCCGAGUGACUAGUCCAUUAGGUUUUGUGAAUUGGUACAAUACUAUGGUAGUAUUUGACUAGUUCUUUUGAGGGUACUUGUGAUUUUACCGUGUUUAAAUAAGAGUGGAGCAAUGUUUUCUAA